AUGAUAGGUACCUGUGACUUUCCCAAUUUGUUUUUUAAUAAACUAGGCUUUUACGGUGAUUUUAUUCAUAACAAUAGGCUCAAUAGAAUUCCAAAUCUUUGGAUCCUGUGGAGAAGAAAUUUGAAGGUCCCUGUUUCUGUUUCUGAGUCUGAACAGCAUGUUACAAUUGCUUUGGAUUGGGGUAUGAGCCAUAUCCAGAUUUCCUUUGUUCAUGCUAGCAGCUUUAGGGCGGGGCGAAGAGCUUUAUGGAUGGAUUUGGUGGCUGAUACUCCUCAAACUCCUACUCCUUGGACUGUUAUUGGUGACUUUAAUGCAUGCUUUCAAUCUCAUGAGAAACGUGGCCCAGGAAAUUUCAGUUUGGGGUCGGCAGCAGAAUUUGGAGCCAUGGUUGACGCAUGUCUUCUAUCUCAGGUGCCCUCGAUGGGCAGGAAAUUCACCUGGACAAACAAUCGAUGCCGAGGUAAUGUCUGUGCUGUUCUGGAUAGAGUUUUUUGUAACGAAGAAUGGAUAUCCUUUUUUCAGGACUGUUCUCAACAGGUCCUUCCUCGGUUUGCCUCUGACCAUUCCCCUCUGCUUGUGGUCUCAAGUAGCAGCCAGCGCCCUCCAAAUUGCCCCUUUCGAUUUAAUAAUUUUUGGACGGAUCAUGAGGACUUCGAUAGGGUUGUAGCUGAAUCCUGGGCGGAGUGGGCUCCAGGGUCACCUAUUUUAUCCCUAAUGUCUAAACUCAAGCGGCUCAAAGGGGCAUUAAAAGGUUGGGCGAAACAGACCUUUCCCCAUUUUGAAAGGGAUCUCGACGAGGCAAAGAAAAAUCUCAACCACGUGCAGGAGGAGAUUGACAGUAAUGGGUUGUCGGAUCAACUGUUCCGAAUGGAGGCUGAUGCUAAAACGGCUCUUCUCAAGGCGCAAGAGAACCAUGAAAAGCUUUGGGCAGAAAAGGCGAGACUCAGGUGGUUGACUUAUGGGGACAGAAAUUCUAAGUUUUUCCAUCUAUCUGCUAAAAUGCGAAGAAAUAGAAAUACUAUCCGAUCCCUCAAAAAACAGGAUGGGUCAAUUGUGGAAGGGCAAACUAAUUUGGGUGAGUAUAUUGUGGAAUUCUAUGAGGGAUUUCACAAAAAUGCUCCAACAGUCGAUCAUCUUGAUCUUUUGGACAGCAUUCCGAGGGUUCUCCAACAAGUAGACAUAUUUCAUCUAGACUCUCUUCCUGGUAAUGCAGAGAUCAUGAAGGCGGUCUGGGCGCUUGAUCCUGAAAGCUCGCCUGGCCCAGACGGCUUCUCUGGAAAAUUUUUCAGGAAGUGUUGGAGCAUUGUGGAAGGUGAUGUUUGUAAUGCGGUGAAAGCCUUCUUCAGGACUAGUCGUAUGCCUAAAGGUGUUAACAAUACUUUCCUAAUUCUGAUCCCUCAAGUGGACGGAGCUGAGACUCUGGACAAGUAUCGACCAUUGUGUAUGAGCAAUUUUUUCUGCAAAAUAAUUUCUAAGGUGUUGGCUAUGCGCUUAGAGAGAUUUCUCCCCAGGCUCAUUUCGGAAGAACAGGGAGCUUUUCAAAAAGGGAAGCUGAUCCAUGACAACAUUAGUGUGGCAUCCGAGUUGGCGAACUUGAUAAAAUUGGAUCACAGGCUGCAUCAAUUAUUGGCUUCAACUAAGAUUUCUGUUCUUAUCAAUGGAGGCCCGCAGGGCUUCUUUGGCGUGGAGCGAGGAUUGAGACAGGGAGACCCUAUAUCCCCCUUGCUUUUUAUCAUGGCGGAAGAGGUUCUCUCUCGAGGCCUGACGAGAUUGACCCACCAAAAAGAUAUUAUGCCCAUUUGUGGCCCUAAAGGCGUUGUAACCCCUGGGCACAUCUUAUUCGCCGAUGAUAUCUUUAUCUUCUCGAAUGCUUCAUCCAGGUAUGUGGCUAACCUUAAAAAUUUUCUUAUGAAAUAUCAGGAGUUCUCUGGUCAACACAUCAGCUUCGAGAAAAGCAAGCUCUUCCUAGGGAAAAUUUCUCCAACUCGUAAGCAAGCCAUCGCUGAGACUUUGGGCAUCCCCAUUUGCAGCUUUCCAACUCGAUACCUUGGUGUUGAGAUAUUCAAGGGAAGAAUCACAAAGGAGGCAUUGCUGCCUGUGUUGGAUAAAGUAAAGGGGCGCCUUGCUGGAUGGAAAGGUAAACUUUUGUCGAUGGCGGGCAGGGUGGAGUUGGUUAGAUCAGUCAUAUCCGGUAUUCCCAAUCAUAAUUUUGCGAUCUAUUGGUGGCCCUCUGCUCUCCUUGUAACCAUGGAAAGAUGGAUGAAGAACUUCAUCUGGGCAGGGGAAGUGGAUACCUCAAAACCAAUUACAGUGAAGUGGGAGUCUGUUUGCAAACCGAAGGAAGAAGGGGGUUUAGGUAUCAGAAGACUCAGAGACACGAACAUGGCAAUGCUAUGUAAAUUGGUAUGGAGAAUAAAGCAUGAGAAAUCUGCUGCCAAUUCCUUUCUUAGAGCCAGAUUUGUGAAAAAAGAUGGGUCAUUUAAUAGAGGUUUUCGGCCGUCGUCUAUUGCUCUGGGCAUCAGAAAGGUGUGGAAGACUGUGGAGGCAAACGAACGUUGGAUUAUUGGGAGAGGCGAUCUAGCAAAUUUCUGGAAAGACAAAUGGUGGGGCCCUAGGUCUAUUCUUGAGGAGAUUCAGACUUCUGACCUCCCUCCCCUCCCUUGCAAAGCUAAGGUUUGUGAUUUCAUCAGGAAUGGAGAAUGGUCACUUCCAGAGGUCUGCUCUCACUCUCUCAGACAAAUUUUCCUUGCAAUUAAAGAGGUGAAGAUUCCCAGUGCCCAAUUUGAGGACUUAUGUAUAUGGCAGCUAUCUCCUCUUGGUUCUUUUACUACAUCGUCAGCGUGGGAGGAUAUUAGAAGAGUUGCUCCGGCAGUGCAUUGGAACUCUUUGGUUUGGCACAAUAACCUCCCUCCAAGAAUUGCUACUUUUGGAUGGCGACUAGCUCAUGAGAGACUCCCAACGGACGAGCUUAUAAGAAAAAAAGGAAUUUUCCUAGUCUCUCGAUGUUGCCUCUGUGAGCAGUACGAAGAAAGGACUUCUAAGGGUGAAGUGAAAUCGAUUGCUGAUAUUUUGUGUUGCAGAAAACUGGGGCUGAAGAUUGAUAACCCAAAGAUUGUGCCGCCGCUGGAAGUUCAUUGGUCUGAAUUUAGCGCUGUCAUGGAAGCAAUAUUGGUUGCUAUGAAUAUGAACGCAAGGGGCUUGUGGAUCGAGUCUGACUCCGCAGCUGUAGUGGCUGCAACUCAGAAGAUGCAUAUCCCUUGGUUUGUUUUACAAAAAUGGCGGUUUGCUCUCCCAUUCCUUCAGUCCAUUACAUGGAAAAUCACCCACUGCUUCCGUGAGGCGAACACUGUGGCAGAUUUUUUGGCAAAGAAGGCAGCAAAAUCGGGAGCCUCUGACUACUCCACCACUUUUCCCAGUCAUGUAUUAGAUGAUUUAGAAAAUGAUGCCUCGGGUAGGCAUAGUUUUCGCUUCUGCUAG